UUUUUUUUUUUUGAUUGGGUUUUAGAUUGAUGUCCGGUUUGGGGCUACUGCUGAUCGCCAUCGGAACUGGAGGGCUGAAGCCGUGCGUGGCUGCUUUUGGGGCCGAGCAGUUUCGCCUCCCCGAGCAGCGAGCGCUUUUGAGGUACUUCUUCUCCUUGUUCUACUUCACCAUCAACCUGGGCGGCUUCAUCGGCAUGACUCUAACCCCGGUUUUGAGGAAAGCCGUCACGUGCUUCGGUGACGACACGUGCUACGCAUUGGGGUUCGGCUUCCCCGCCCUCCUGAUGGUUCUGUCCAUUCUGCUGUUCGUGCUGGGGAAGACUUUCUACAAGCUGAAGACGCCGAAGCGCAACAUUAUGCUGGAGUUUGUUCAGUGCUCUUGGUGCGCCCUGUUGGCAAGGCUGCGCCGACGCGCCCCAAAGCACCACCACCAUUGGCUGGAUUAUGGCAAGCAGGACUUCGACAGCAAGCUGAUCCAGGACAUGAAAGUGGUCUUUGCCAUUCUCCUCCUGUUCGUGCCAUUGCCCAUCUUCUGGUCGCUCUUCGACCAGCAGGGGUCCAGAUGGACCUUCCAGGUAGCACAGGCCAAAUGGUGUUUGGCAAGUCUACUGAUUGCUGUAGGCUUCUCACAUGGACGGCAAUCUGUUCGGCUCCCAAAUCGUCCCCGAUCAGAUGCAGGUGAUCAACCCGCUAAUGGUGCUGGUUCUGAUCCCCCUCUUCGACAAGCUGCUGUAUCCGCUGUGCGAAAAGGCGCAGUUGCUGACCAAUCCGCUGCAUCGCAUGGUGAUUGGCGGGAUGACCGCAGGGCUGGCAUUCGUCGGAGGUGCGCCUGCUGGCCAAUCGCGGAAGGUGUUGAUGCCAAGUGGUGCGUUUUAGCUGGGAUUCUGGAACUGGUGCUCGAGCGCAGCUACCCGGAUCUACCGGGAAAGCAUCAAGGCUCACUCAACGUGGUCAACACCCUGCCUUGCAGUUUGGUGCUUUACAGCCCCUUUAGCAACACGCGCGUGCUAGAGGCCGCGAAACUCCUAAGGAUUGAGAACCUGCGGUGCCACAAUCGGAGCCGGUAUUGGCUCACCAUAGACGCGCCCACGCUAUGUGGCUCCACCCACUUCAGCAAGGAGCACUUUGAGGUGGCGGCCAUUCUAGAGGAGUCCCAGGAGGACACCUACAUCAUCAGCGUGAACGAGCAGCGCGAGAUUCAGGGCUUUAUCACCGACCCAGUGGAUUUUCGGAAGUCUGUUACUGGGGCCCCAAAGCUCAGGUUUCCAGUGUCCAGCUGGCAAGCUGGACACCGUUAUCCCAGAUGUAAUUGUAGGGUGGAUUUCAUCCAGAACAGCAACACCCUGGAAAACGUCACCGUUGCCCUGAAGGGCCCCACUGGGGUUGAGGACGUCUACUUUGUGGGCGCCAGCUCCAGUGGUGUAGUAGCCCACGUCAUAGUGUCCCCAUACAUCGAGGUUCCCCAGGGAGUCUACGAAUGCACGAUAGGCAGUCAGCGCAACCCGAACCUCUACCAGCAACACUUCCACUUUGCGCUGGGCGGCGUUUAUUCGCUGAUUAUUCGCGAAAACCACGGCAAAAUUCAAUUUGUCAAGCUCUACACAAUGUCCGAUCCGAACUGUGUCAACAUCCUGUGGCAGAUUCCGCAAUACUUUCUGAUCUCGGUGGCUGAGAUCAUGUUUGGGGUGGCCGGACUGGAGUUUUCCUUCACUCAGGCCCCAAAGAGCAUGAAAACUGUCACUAUUGCUGGAUGGUAUUUGUCCACCGCGGUGGGGAAUCUUCUGGUUAUCAUCAUAACGCAGCUGAAUUUGUUUAAAAGUCAGGCGCACGAAUUCUUCCUGUUCGCCGUCCUGAUUGUGGCCGACAUGGUGAUUUUCAUGGAAAUGGUAUGCCGAUAUCGCUUCGUCCAGCUGGAGGUGGACAGUUCCGCUCUUAUCAUGUCCGGUCCCACGAAUGCGGCCCAAGACGACUAAAAUGCCAGUCUAUCAGCCAGUCUAUCUAGCUAAUGAGAUGGAUGCAAUCUUAUCUCGAAAAAACAAUAGACUUAAAAGAAAGGAUCUAAGCGGUUAGAUUAGUUGAUUGAAAAGCGGUGUUUGAUCCACAGUUGUAAAUUAUAAACCAAAUCUGAUAACA